UACAUCUCUGCUCUGACAACAUCGACAAUAUUGUGGCCCGAGCGUAUUUGUACGAGCAUGUGGGUAUGAUCAAAGUUCACUGCCAGGAGUACGAUGAUUCACAUGCCCGGAUUAUGGUUUCGGAAAUCCUGCAAGAGGACGCUGAAAUCCCAGUCCCAAUUGAAGAGUGCAGAUAUGUUAGGGACGUAUACCAGAUGUUCCUUCCUUGGCCUAAACACUUAAUUUUAACAACCGAGGGUCCACUCGCUCAACCGCCCUCAAGACGUGAUGCGUCAAAGGGGAAAGCUCCGAUGCUUUCUCCACAAGGCCGUGGUGCACGGGAAGAUGACUUGUUCACGGAAGAGAAGAUGGCGUUGAUCCCUAAUUCGCUAAAAUGGAUGAUUCAUGAAUUUCUGAGGCUCAAAGAUAAACGUGAUAUAAUCACAAUUCCUGUCCCCCGAGGAUUCAUUGCACCGCGUACCCAGAUCACGUUAUCUGGAGAGGAUUUGCAGCAGGUUGCUACGUGUGACUACAUCGGCAACCAGGGAAUGCUGUUUGGAAUGAUGCACAUAUGGGAGAGCAUCAACGGUCUGAGAAAAUUUUUCAAGUUUUACGACCCAGAAAAAGAGUCAGUCUUUUGA